AUGGAUGACGUGAGAUUUGAGUGGCUUCGUGACAAGGUCUACUGUGCUCUGGAGGUCGAAGACCCUGAGGUUUUUGAGGAACUUUUGAACCGGGAUGAUGGCGAGUACGAGAGGGCGCUUGCAAAGUUCCUCAACGAAACUCCCGAGGAAGGAAAGUCAGCUGCAAUCUUCUACAAGAGAUUACAAGAAGAAGACAUCGAGGUCGAAGUGGAAGUUGAACCGUCGGAGCUUGAUCCCACCCUUGAAGCUCUCAAUGAUGAGAAUGGUGAAGGAGGAGAAGGGACAGACGGCGUCAUUUCUGCGCUGGAUGGCACUCUAACUGAGGCUACUGUCACUCCAGCAAUAGCUGAAACACCGGUGGAAGAAGAGAAAGGAAAAAAGAAGAAAAAGAAGAAAACCAAGAAGGGAUUGUCCUCGGCCAAAGCGGAGGAAGAACCCCCAAAAGAGGAGCCUAAGGAACCAGAGGAGAUCAAACCAGAGGAUGGAGUGGAUGGAUUGAUGGCGCCCUCACCUGAGAGAGUUCCACAAAUGAAAAUUGUCAAGCAGACGAUUGUCCGGACGUUACUCUACAUGUGCACUGGAAAUGUCCCUGAAGAAGUGUGCAACAACGAUUGCGUGUACUUCCUACGCAACACGCCUGGCAUGGUCGAGCUUCCUAACACACUGGAUGAGGCCAACCACACACUGCCACAGUUCUUUGAGUUUGGAGUGCUGAACGGUAGCUCCUUGACAAUGCUGGAACAGGUUAUCAUGCAGGUUUACAUUCCCCUGCUGUCCUUCAAUUCCCACAAGAACGGCGAGGCCCCUACGGCCGGUGAGCAGCAGGCAGCACUCUCCUCCACCUCCCAAGAAGAUAUGGAUGAAGAUGAUGAAGACGAAGAACUCUCACAGCAGAAGAAGCUGGUGGAAUCCCAACACCGGGCCAUGCUCCGCGAUGAAUUCCUCAUCAACAUGCAGAAGUUUGCUACUCACAUCAGUCGCACCAUCCAGCAGAUCGAGGGAGAGGUGCGAUUGGACGUGCCCCAGCUCAACCUAGACGGCGAUGUUGCUGAGUUGGCUAAAGACGACGCCCUUGUCCACAGGAUAGAGACCGCCUGCUUGGAGUGGACCAAACAGAUUGCCAGCGCUUUGGAGAUUCAGCUCAAGAAGACUCCUCAGGGUGACGGACCGCUGGCCGAGAUUGACUUCUGGCGGGAGCGCAAUGCUGCUCUCAGUGCCCUCUCGGAGCAACUCAAGCUCCACACCGUCAAGAAAAUGCUGGAGAUUCUUGCCAAGAGGGACACAAUGGGAGACCACGCUGUCUUGCAAAGCUUCGAGCUGAAUCGCUCAGAGCUGAACAAGUACCACGUUGAAGCCAAGGAUAACGUUCGCUUCCUCAGCACCCUGGAGAGACACUUUAAGAACGUGACCCACGGAGCGGGCUUCCAGAUCGUGUUGGACACUCUCCCGUCCAUGAUGAAUGCACUACGGAUGGUGUGGAUCAUAUCUAGGCAUUACAACCGAGAUGAAAGAAUGGUGCCACUGAUGGAACGCAUCGCCUGGGAGCUGGCAGAACGAGUGGCUAAGGUCAUCAACAUCAGGACCAUAUUCAAGGAAACUCCAUCUCAGAUCAAAGCCAGGACCCUGGAAGCCAAGAAGACUCUAGAGCUGUGGAAGGAAUGCUACUUUGAAGUCCGAGCCAAGAUUGAAGCAUCUGGGCGUGACGCGAGGUGGGAGUUUGAUCGUAAGCGUCUGUUUGAGAGAACUGACUACAUGGCUACAAUCUGCCAGGAUAUCUAUGAUGUAGCACAGGUCUUGCAAGAGUUCUACCACAUCUUUGGUCCAGAGUUGAAGUCAGUCACUGGUGAUCCGCAACGCAUUGAGGAUGUACUCAAGAGAGUGGAUGGACUUGUGGAACCCAUUCAAGAUGUGAGCUUUGACCCCUUCGGCCUGAAGCACCAGCUCCAGUGGCGUAAGGUCAUGGAGUGGUUCAACAAGGAGGUAGCGGCUAUCGAAGAAGAGGCCAAACACUUCAUCAAUGAAUCCUUCAAGACGCUGCGCUCGGCCGAGGGAGCCUUUGACAUGCUGCUCAAGUUUCAGAACAUCCGGUCACGGGAGGCCAUCAACUCACAGAUGAUGAAGAAGUUUAACGACAUCCUGGUGCAGUAUGGGAAGGAGGUGGAUACAGUCAACGCUUUAUUCAAGCAGCACCAGGACAACCCACCUGUCUCCAAGAACCAGCCGCCUGUAGGGGGCGCUAUUUUCUGGGAGCGGUCUCUCUUCCAUCGUAUCAAGCACACUAUCAUCCGCUUCCAGAGUAUGGAGGACCUGCUGACCAGCGAAUAUGGCAAAGCGGCUCGGAGCAAGUACCUAGGUGUGGCCCGACAGAUGCGAGAGUAUGAGGAGAAGAAGUAUGAGCAAUGGCGGGAGUACGUAGAAGGCAUCUUACCUGGCUUACUGAAGAGGAACCUGCUCACUAAGCCACCUCCUAGCACCGCUGCAGUGGUGGUGGCUGCCGCUCAUAAUGAUAUGGAUGGCAAUGGAGGAAGCUCAGCUAGCAAUCAUGCUAUGCAUGGCGCAGAUGUGAAGUAUGUAGUAGACUUUGCACCUGAACUAUCUGAGAUCGUUGUUGAGACCAAACACAUGGAACAGCUAGGCUUCUCCAUUCCUGAACUGGCUCGCAAUGUUGCAUUACAGGAAGAUAAGUACCUUCGAUGGAAUGACGGUCUGAGGCACAUGUUGGGCAGAUACCACUCAGCCAUUAGCUCAAUCAAUAAUGCUGAGACCCAGUUACUUGACGAGCAUCUCAAGGAUCUUAGACGCACCUUGAAGUCUGGCCACAAACGCCUCAACUGGAACUCUCUAGGCAUCACGGAUUACAUCACUCGCUGUGAACAGGCCAUCUCGAAGUUUGAAUCACUCGUCAAUCAGAUCCAGAAGAAUGCCAAGGACAUUGAUGCCAGACUCAAGGCAGUGGAGCAUGCCAACCUGUUCAAGGGACCUGUCAGCCAGAUGGAGGGGCAAAUAUUUCCUGGUUGCAAGGAAUACUAUGACCACAUUGAGCGUGAGCGCAUACACACCUUUGAGCAACUGGCUCGCAGGUACCGUGCUAUCGGACCCUUACUCACCAAGAUGGAAGGCUUGGUAGUCCACACCAACACAGGCAGAUCACCCAGGCUGCAGGCUUACUAUGCUUACUGGGAACGCAGGGUGUAUGACUCAUUGACAAAGCUGGUAUCUCGUAAUCUGAUUGAGUUCAACAACGCCUUGAUCACGGACAAGCCCCUGUUUCAGAUUGAUGCCAUGUUGUCGGCUCCAGAGAUCAUCUUGGUACCAGCAGCUAAUGAGAUCUAUAAGCUGAGCAUGCAGUGUGUCCGGGACUGCGUUGAAGGGACUAAGAACUUUGUGCGCUGGAUGCAUGGCACCUGCAUCGAGACCCCACCGCAGAACGUGGAAGGCGAAGACGAGCCGCUUAUCUUUAGUUUCUUCUCUGACAUCUCGGCAGACGGCAGCAUCAUCGACCUCGUGGUGCAGAGCUCCAAUCAGAUCCAGAAAACACUGACUAGCCACUCUAAGUACCUCAGCAGAUGGAAGAGAUACCGCCCUCUAUGGAAGCUAGAUAAGACCAUCAUGUUAGAGAAGUUUGCCAUUAAGAAGCCGACCUGUGUGGCCUACGAUGACAAGCUCCAGUUCUAUUCCAACUUGGCCAAGGAGGUUGGGAACCAGCCUAAGAUCAAGGACCAGGAUUCCAUCCGUCUCCACAUGGGCCUCCUAGCAGACACUGUCAAGGACCACGCCCAGAAAUGGGUGGAGUCCCUGGGAACGUUACUCAAGGAUACGGCUAGCGAAGACUUGCAUGGGCUAUCCACAGAACUGACGACCCUAUCUACAGACCUCAAGAAGACACCAGACACACUGGAAGAUCUGAAACUCGUCCUUCGCAUCAUCUCCGACAUCAAAGACAUGUCUCUAGAUGUUGAGAUGCGUAUCAAGGACAUCUUGGAGCGUUACCGCACCCUCAAGAUGUACCACAUCGAGGUCUCAGAUGAAGAGAAGGAGAUGUGUCGUAACAUCAAGCAGAUGUGGGAUGAUCUGUUCAUGGAGUCCAAGCAUGUGGAUGCCAGCUUGAUUGUAGUCAAGAAGAAAUUCACUGAGAUCACACAAGACCAGAUCAGUAACUUCAGCACCGAGCUGAACAACUUCCAGAGCAAAUUCCGUCUGGAAGGACCGGGAGCAGUUGGAAACAACUUGGACAAAGGUGUUGAGAUCUUGGAGUCCUUCAAGCGAGAGUUGUCCAUGUAUGAGAAGGAUCGUCAGGAACUAGCUAACGCUGAGAAACUCUUUGAUCUUCCCAUCACCAUGUACCCUGAGCUGCUGCAAGUACAGAAAGAGAUGACUGGAUUGGAUAAAAUCUAUGAAAUCUACAAACAACAAAAGGCUGCCCGUGAGGAAUGGGCCCAGACACUCUGGGCAAACCUCAACGUCAAUCACCUUGUAGACGGCAUCGAUACCUACAUCAAGAACCUGAAGAAGCUGCCUCGGGAGGUCAAGAGUACCUCCACGGCACACAUGGUGGAGGGGCGCAUGAAGGAGUUCAAGGAUUCCAUCCCGCUGUUUGUGGAUCUCAAGAACGAAGCGCUCCGAGAAAGGCAUUGGAAGGAAUUGAUGAACAAGACAGGCAAGUCCUUUGACAUGAACCCUGACACGUUCACAUUGGAGAACCUGUUUGCUAUGGAGCUACACAACUACAAAGAUGUCAUUGGGGACAUAGUCACUAGCGCAUCCAAGGAAUUGAGCAUUGAGAAGGGCAUCAAGGAGGUCAACGACGUCUGGGAGAACAUGAAGUUCAGCGUCAACAAGUACAUGAAGGGCACCCAGGAGAGAGGUGUCAUCCUCGGCUCGGUGGAUGAAGUCAUGCAGAUCUUAGACGAUAACUCUAUGAAUCUACAGAGCAUGUCGGCAUCUCGGUUCAUCGGGCCGUUCUUGAAUACCGUGCAGACAUGGGAGAAGAGCUUGUCACUGAUUGGUGAAGUUCUGGAGGUCUGGAUGGUCGUCCAGCGUAAGUGGAUGUAUCUUGAGAGUAUCUUCAUCGGUGGUGACAUCAGAUCACAGCUGCCUGAGGAAGCCAAGAAAUUUGACGCCAUCGACAAAACCUUCAAGAAAAUCAUGCAAGAGACAGUAGCCAACCCGCGCAUCAAGGAUGCCUGCCACGCAUCCAACCGCCUUCAAGACCUAGAGAUGAUCAGUACGGGCUUAGAGAAAUGCCAGAAGAGUCUGAAUGAUUACCUGGACUCCAAGAGGAAUGCCUUCCCUAGGUUCUUCUUCAUCUCUGAUGAUGAGCUGCUGUCUAUCCUGGGAAGCAGUGAUCCGUCCUGCGUGCAGGAACACAUUAUCAAGAUGUACGACAACAUCUCCUCGCUGCGUCUUCAAGAAGGCAACAAUCGUGAGACCCUGGUGACAGCCAUGAUAUCGGCUGAGGGUGAAGUGAUGGAAUUCCGGCAGGCUAUCCCUGCGGAGGGACGGGUUGAGGAUUGGAUGACUAGCGUGCUGGUGGAGAUGAGACGAACCAAUCGGCUGAUUACCAAGGAAGCUAUCUUCACUUACUGCGCCGACAAUGUUACCAGGGUGAACUGGAUGUACAAGUACCAAGGCAUGGUGGUGCUGGCUACCAACCAGAUCUGGUGGACCUGGGAAGUGGAAGACGUCUUCAAUAAGGUGGUCAAGCUAGGAGAUAAGACAGCGAUGAAGAAAUACGCCAAGAAGAUGCACCAACAGAUUAAUGAUCUUGUUGUACAGGUACGAUCACCCUUGUCCAGUAACGAUCGUAAGAAGUACAACUCUGUGCUCAUCAUUGAUGUGCAUGCCAGAGAUAUCAUUGAUGGCUUUGUCCGAGACAGCAUCUUGGAUGCCAAGGAGUUUGAAUGGGAGAGCCAGCUGCGUUUCUAUUGGGACAAGGAACCAGACGAGCUCAAUGUGCGACAGUGUACAGGAACGUUUGGCUAUGGAUAUGAGUACAUGGGACUCAACGGACGAUUGGUCAUCACACCACUGACUGACAGAAUCUACCUGACACUAACACAGGCAUUGUCAAUGCAGCUGGGAGGAGCACCAGCUGGCCCGGCAGGUACUGGCAAGACAGAAACCACUAAAGAUCUAGCUAAGGCCCUGGGUCUACUGUGUGUGGUCACCAACUGUGGUGAAGGCAUGGACUACAAGGCUGUUGGUAAGAUCUUCUCCGGUCUAGCUCAGUGUGGUGCUUGGGGAUGCUUUGAUGAGUUCAACCGUAUCGACGUCUCGGUACUGUCUGUCAUCUCAUCACAGAUUCAAACCAUCAGAAACGCUCUCAUUCACAACCUCAAGAAAUUCCAGUUUGAAGGCAAUGAGAUCACUAUGGAUAAUCGUAUGGGUAUCUUCAUCACCAUGAAUCCUGGCUAUGCUGGCCGUACUGAGCUACCAGAGAGUGUCAAAGCUCUCUUCAGACCAGUGGUGGUCAUCGUUCCUGAUCUGGGGCAGAUCUGUGAGAUUAUGCUGUUCUCUGAAGGAUUCAUCUUGGCCAAGGUUCUUGCCAAGAAGAUGACCGUCCUGUACAAGUUAGCCAAGGAGCAGCUGUCCAAGCAAUACCACUAUGACUUUGGCCUACGUGCUCUCAAGUCCGUCUUAGUCAUGGCUGGUGAGCUCAAGAGAGGAUCACCUGACUUGGCAGAGGACGUUGUAUUGAUGAGAGCUCUGCGUGACAUGAACCUUCCCAAGUUUGUCUUUGAGGACGUACCCCUCUUCUUAGGUCUGAUCUCGGAUCUCUUCCCUGGCCUAGACUGCCCUAGAGUCAGAUACCCCAACUUCAACGAUGCAGUAGAGGCAGCCCUAACAGACCAGAAUUAUAUCCAGCUAGACCACCAGGUUGACAAAGUUGUCCAGAUGUAUGAGACAAUGCUGACCAGACACACUACCAUGGUUGUUGGUCCAACAGGCGGUGGGAAAACUGUUGUCAUCAAUGCACUGGCCCAGGCACAGACAAAACUCGGCAUCCACACCAAGCUCUACAUCAUGAACCCAAAAGCCAUGAGCGUCAUUGAACUCUACGGCAUCCUGGAUCCAACCACUCGAGACUGGACUGACGGACUGCUGUCCAACAUCUUCAGAGAGAUCAACCGACCAACGGACAAGAACGAACGCAAGUACAUUGUCUUUGAUGGCGAUGUGGACGCGCUGUGGGUGGAGAACAUGAACUCUGUCAUGGACGACAACCGACUGCUGACGCUGGCUAACGGAGAGAGAAUCAGACUGCAGAAACACUGUGCACUGCUCUUUGAGGUAUCAGACCUUCAGUACGCCUCCCCAGCCACCGUCUCUCGCUGUGGUAUGGUCUUCGUAGACCCCAAGAACCUGGGCUACAUUCCCUUCUGGCAGAAAUGGAUCAACGCUCGCCAGUCUAAACAGGAACAGGAGGAUCUGAUGAGACUGUUCAAUAAGUACGUCCCGGGAGCCAUCGAUCUGAUCCUUGAGGGUAUGGUGGAUGGCAAGCCAGGAGAUAAACUCAAGAUGAUCGUACCGCUUACCAACCUCAACAUGGUGACCCAGCUGAGUAAGAUGCUGGAUGCCUUAGUCACCAAGGAGCACGAGUCGGACGUCUUAGAAGCCAUCUUCAUCCAGGCUCUGUACUGGUCCCUGGGCGGUUCACUCAUUGAGGACAGCCAGGUCAAGUUUGAUAGUUUCAUCAAGGGGACGGCUUCCAUGGCCAGUGUCUCUGAUGAGGGGACGGACGCUGGGCCUGGCGAGCUACCAGGACAACUGGAGUCCAUCUAUGAGUACUACUUUGAUCAGGAGAAGCAAAAGUGGAUUCCAUGGUCUAGACUGGUACCCAAGUACGUCCAUGACCCAGAGAGGAAGUUCUAUGAGAUCCUGGUCCCCACCCGAGACACAGUCCGCAACACCUGGCUCCUAGAGCUCAUGGUGCACACUAAGCAGCCUGUACUGUUUGUUGGAGACACAGGGACAUCCAAGACAGCAACCAUCCAGGAUUUCCUGAGGAACAUUGACCAGGAGAGCAAUUUGAUUCUGAACAUCAACUUCUCAUCCCGUACCACCUCCAUGGACGUCCAGCGGAAUCUAGAAGCUAACGUUGAGAAGCGUACUAAAGACACGUACGGUCCCCCUCCUGGUAGACGCUUACUAGUCUUCAUGGACGAUAUGAACAUGCCACAGGUUGAUGUGUAUGGCACCCAGCAGCCCAUUGCUUUAUUGAAGCUGCUCCUAGAACGAGGCGGGAUGUAUGACCGAGGCAAGGAUCUCAUCCUCAAGUACAUCCGAGAUAUUGGCUUCAUAGCUUCUAUGGGAAAAGCCGGCGGAGGUCGUAACGAGGUUGACCCUCGCUUCAUCUCCCUCUUCUGCACCUUCAACAUCACCUUCCCCUCAGACGCUUCCCUCAAGCACAUCUAUGCCUCCAUCCUCUCCGGUCAUACCCAGCCCUUCGACGAAAGCAUCCAGAAAAUAGCUGACAAGAUUACCCAGGGUACCUUGGACCUGUACAAGGUCAUCGUCAAUGACCUGCCGCCGACGCCAUCCAAGUUCCACUACAUCUUCAACCUGCGGGACUUGUCCCGCGUGGCGCAGGGUUUGUUACAGACUACACCGGACCGCUUCACCAACGUGUCCCAGUUUGUACGUGUCUGGCGUAAUGAAUGUCUACGAGUGUUCUUUGACCGACUGACCAACAAGGAAGACAAAACGCUUGUACAGGGUCACAUGAAAUCAGUGAUUGAGGAACACUUCAGAGAUCAUGUAGAGAAUGCCGUCCGUGAACCGUUGCUCUUUGGUGAUUACCGUACGGCAUUAGAUGAAGGUGAAGCUAGACUGUAUGAAGACAUACAGGACUAUGAGGCUGCUAAGGCUCUGUUCCAAGAGAUCCUUGAGGAGUACAACGAUAACAAGACACCCAUGAACCUUGUACUGUUUGAGGACGCCUUGGAUCACUUGACCCGGGUUCAUAGGGUCAUCCGUAUGGACAGAGGUCACGCCCUCUUGGUUGGUGUCGGUGGCAGUGGCAAGCAGAGCCUUACCCGCCUGGCUUCCUUCACCGCCGGCUGUGACGUCUUCGAGAUCCAGCUGAGCCGGGGUUACGAUGAGACCAACUUCCGUGAUGAUCUCAAGGUGCUGUACAACAAGCUUGGCAUCGAGCAGAAACGGACAGUCUUCCUGUUCACGGAUCAGCACGUAGCUCAGGAGAGCUUCCUGGAGCUUAUCAAUAACAUGUUGACGUCUGGGAUGGUGCCUGCACUGUUCCCUGAUGAUGAAAAGGAAGCGAUCGUUGGACAGAUGAGGAAUGAAGCUACCAAGGCAGGCGUCCCACCGACCCGUGAGAGCAUCUGGCAAUACUUCAUCAACAAGUGUGCCAACAAUCUACAUAUCGUCCUAGCCAUGUCGCCUGUGGGUGACACGCUGCGUACACGAUGUCGUAACUUCCCUGGAUUGGUCAAUAACUGCAGUAUUGACUGGUUCAUGCCGUGGCCGGUACAGGCGUUGACCGCUGUGGCUUCUGUGUUCCUUGGACAUGAAGAUAUCAAGAGUAUCCCUGAUGAUCACCGCGACACAGUGGUCAAGCAUGUCGUCUUUGUGCAUCAGUCCGUCGGUGAACACAGCAUCAGUUUCCAACAGAAGUUACGGCGCAGCAACUACGUGACUCCCAAGAACUACCUGGAUUUCAUCAACUCCUAUCUCAAGCUCUUGGACGUCAAAGAUGAAUAUAUUCUCUCUCAGUGCAAGCGCCUGGAAGGCGGUAUGGCUAAACUCGCAGAGGCCAGCGUCCAGCUGAACGAACUCAACGAGAAAUUGGCCGUCCAGAAAGUGGCUGUGACGGAGAAGACUGAAGCUUGCGAGAUCCUACUGGGUGAAAUCUCAACACGAACUGCCAAGGCUACAGAGAAAAAACAAGCAGCCGAGGGAAAGAGUAAAGAGAUUGAGGAACAGAGCGUUGUCAUCUCUGUUGAAAAGAAAGAUGCAGAGGAAUCCUUGGCUGAAGCCUUACCGGCCCUGGAGGCAGCCCGCUUUGCCUUGCAGGAUCUGGAUAAAUCCGACGUCACUGAGAUCAGGGCGUUUGCCAAGCCCCCUAAGCUUGUCCAGAUGGUCUGUGAAUGCAUCGUGGUAUUGCGGGGUAUCAGAGAAGUGUCCUGGAAGUCAGCCAAGGCAAUGAUGGCUGAGGCUAACUUCCUGAAAUCACUGACAGAGAUGGACGUUGACGGCAUCGGACAGACCCAGGUCAAGACAGUGAGAGGUUUCUUGAAGGACAUGGACACCACACCAGAAGAAAUGAAGACAGUCUCCCGCGCUGGGGCCGGUCUCUUCAAGUUUGUGGUAGCUGUCAUGGGCUACUGCUCUGUGGCUAGAGAGAUCAAACCCAAACGAGAGAAGGUUGCCCGUCUUGAGCGUACUUUCUACCAAUCCAAGCGAGACCUGGACCGCAUCAUCAAUGAAGUCAAAUCCCUGGACGACGAGCUGUCCAAUCUCGGCCAGCGCUACGAGGCGGCCAUAACGGAGAAACAACAGCUGCAAGAAGAAGCCGAGAUCAUGGAACGUCGCCUGAUAGCUGCCGACAAGCUCAUCUCUGGUCUGGGCUCUGAGAACGUCAGAUGGACUAAGGACUUGGAGGAGUUACGUCAGCGUCGAAUCCGUCUCCUAGGCGACUGUCUCAUCUCCUCAGCCUUCUUGAGCUACGUCGGAGCCUUCACCUGGGAUUUCCGGAACCAGAUGAUUUACAAGGAUUGGCAAGAUGACAUACUGGAGCGAGGAAUCCCUCUAAGCCAACCCUUCAAACUGGAGAACCUCCUGACAGACGAAGUAGAGAUCAGCAAGUGGGGAUCUGAAGGCUUGCCACCAGAUGAGCUGUCUGUCCAGAAUGGUAUCCUGACUACCAGAGCCAGUCGCUUCCCACUGUGCAUUGAUCCACAGCAGCAGGCCUUGAAUUGGAUCAAGAGAAAGGAAGAACAGAACAACCUCAAGGUUUGCACCUUCAACGAUCCUGAUUUCUUGAAGCAGUUGGAGCUUGCCAUAAAGUACGGCUUCCCUUUCCUCUUCAAAGAUGUGGACGAGUACAUCGAUCCUGUCAUCGAUAACGUCCUGGAGAAAAACAUCAAAGGUGUAGCAGGUCGUGAGUUCAUCAUUCUGGGUGAUAAGGAAGUAGACUAUGAUCCUAACUUCCGUCUGUACCUCAACACCAAGCUGGCUAAUCCUAAGUACACACCGGCGGUGUUUGGCAAGGCUAUGGUCAUCAACUACACCGUCACACUCAAGGGUCUUGAAGACCAGCUUCUCAGCGUCAUCGUCGGUUUUGAGCGCAAGGAGCUGGAGGAACAACGAGAACGUCUGAUCCAAGAAACUAGCGAGAAUAAACGACUACUGAAGGACUUAGAGGACUCCCUGCUCCGUGAGCUGGCUACAUCAACCGGUAACAUGCUGGACAAUGUGGAGCUGGUGCAGACUCUGGAGGAAACCAAGUCCAAAGCCACAGAGGUCGCAGACAAACUCAAACUAGCCGCCAAGACAGCCGUCGACAUUGACAAGCUUCGAGAUGGCUACCGUCCGGCAGCGAAGCGUGGCGCUAUUCUCUUCUUCGUUCUCUCCGAGAUGGCCCUCAUCAAUACAAUGUACCAGUACUCCUUAGCAUCAUUCCUGGGUGUCUUCCAGCUCUCGCUCAAGAAGAGUCUGCCGGACUCCAUCCUGGUCAAGCGACUCAGGAACAUCAUGGAUACACUGACGCAUAACAUCUACAACUACGCCUGCACAGGGUUGUUUGAGAAGCACAAGCUGCUGUUCUCCUUCCAGAUGACCAUCAAGCUUGAGCAGAGCGAGGACCAACUACCCCAGGAGGAGUUAGACUUCUUCAUCAAGGGCAACCUGUCCUUAGAGAAGAGUCGACGGACUAGACCUCACAUGUGGAUCCCAGAGCAAGGCUGGGAGGAUAUCAUCAAGUGUGCACAGAUCGCUGACGUCUUCACUUCGCUACCUGAUGACGUGGAUAAGAACGGAACUACGUGGAAAGCGUGGUAUGAUUUGGACACUCCGGAGCAGAGCCCCCUUCCAGGCAAAUACUCGGACUCCCUCUCUGAGUUCCAGAGACUCCUCCUCCUUCGUUGUUUCCGCAUCGAUCGUGUCUACCGGGCCGUCACUGACUACGUCACUUCCCGUAUGGGUGAGAAGUACGUCACUCCUCCUGUCAUCAGCUUUGAGUCCAUCUUUGAACAGAGUACGCCGUUCUCACCGAUCGUCUUCAUCCUGAGUCCCGGCUCGGACCCGGCAAGUGACCUGACGAAGCUUGCGGAGAGGUCAGGAUUCGGAGGCAACAAGUUGAAGUUUCUUUCUAUGGGACAGGGUCAAGAAAAGGUUGCCUUGCAACUCCUAGAGACAGCCAUCGCCCGAGGCCAGUGGCUCAUGCUGCAAAACUGUCACCUGUUGGCUAAGUGGCUACGUGACUUGGAGAAAGCAUUGGAGAAGAUCAUUAAGCCACAUCCAGACUUCAGGCUGUGGCUAACUACUGACCCCACACCUGCAUUCCCCAUCGGUAUCCUGCAAAGAUCACUCAAGGUUGUGACAGAACCACCCAACGGCCUGAAGCUAAACCUCCGCAGCAGCUACCACAAGAUCUCCGCCCAGGUGCUAGAAGACUGCCCCCACACUGCCUUCAAGCCUCUAGUCUUUGUCUUGGCGUUCUUCCACGCCGUGGUUCAAGAACGUCGCAAGUACGGCAAGAUUGGCUGGAACGUACCCUACGAUUUCAACGAGUCGGACUUCCGCGUCUGCAUGGAUAUCCUACAGACGUACUUGACGAAGACCUUUGAGCAGGGAGACCCUAAGAUUCCCUGGAGAAGUCUCAAGUAUCUGAUUGGAGAGGUGAUGUACGGAGGCCGAGCCAUUGAUAACUUUGACCGUCGCGUCUUGAAUACCUACAUGGAUGAGUACAUGGGGGACUUCAUAUUUGAUACGUUCCAACCGUUCCAUUUCUACUGCAACAAGGAGGUGGAUUAUUGCAUCCCGGAGAUUGGGCCCAAGGAUAACUACGUCCAGCUAAUUGAAGAGCUACCGUUAGCCAACACCCCAGAGGUAUUUGGUCUUCAUCCUAACGCUGAGAUCAACUACUACACCCAAGCAGCCAGGGAUAUGUGGGCACAGCUGGUGGAACUCCAGCCCCAGACAGGCGAGUCUGGAGCAGGCAUCAGUCGCGAGGACUUUAUCGCUAACAUCGCCUCGGACAUCCAAGCUAAACUACCCCAGCAGUUUGAACUGGACAAGAUUCGUAAGAAGUACGGUCUGGAGGUCACUCCGACCACCGUGGUUCUCUUACAGGAGCUGGAACGAUUCAAUCGACUCAUUGCACGCAUGGCUAAGUCACUCGCUGAACUGCAGAGGGCCUUGAAGGGUGAAGUAGGAAUGAGUAGUGAACUAGACGACGUGGCUAGGGCUUUAUUCAACGGUCAGAUACCUGGCAUCUGGCGUCGUCUGGCUCCUGACACCCUUAAAUCACUAGGCAACUGGAUGAUACACUUCCAGAGACGCUUCACACAGUAUACCACAUGGGUCAACGAGAGUGAACCACCUGUGAUUUGGCUGAGUGGCCUCCACAUCCCAGAAUCCUACCUGACGGCCUUAGUGCAAGCCACCUGUCGCAAGAACGGCUGGCCGCUAGACAAAUCCACCCUCUACACAGCCGUCACUCAGUACAUGACCCCAGAUGAGGUCAGCGAGCGCGCUCACUCCGGGUGUUUUGUGACUGGCUUAUACCUGGAGGGUGCAUCCUGGUCUCGGGAGGAUACAUGCCUCGCUCGUCCUAAACCCAAGGUGCUGAUUGAGGAGCUGCCCAUCCUCAAAGUCAUCCCUAUAGAAGCCCAUCGUCUCAAAUUACAGAAUACCUUCCGCACACCAGUGUACACCACGUCGCAGCGUCGUAAUGCCAUGAGUGUUGGCUUGGUGUUUGAGGCAGACUUGGGCACCACUGAGCAUAUUUCUCAUUGGGUCCUGCAAGGUGUCUGCUUGGUACUCAACACAGACUAAAUCGGGAUUUUAAUUUCGGGAAAAUUCACCGACCACAAAUUGACAGACUAAAAAUUGUCUUGACUAGCAAUAUACAAAAGACCAUAUUGUUUUCUUAUGAGCUUAGGGUGUUUUUCAAACGGCGCCUUUGCAUCCAGCUUUGAAUUUAAUCAAUAUCAUGUCCUGACUUGAAGGACUCUGGCUCGGUAUUAAUCCAUGUUGCUCCCAGAACAGCACAUCUUCAUAUUUAGGGCCAAAGACAAUGAAAGAAUAGACUUUCUGUUUUAAUUGGUAUAAAAAAAAAGAAUUUAAUAAUUCUGGUGCCAGAUAUGAAACUAAAGUUGGAACGAAGCCAGGUUUUGGAAAAUGGUCUAUUUGUGACUAUUAGGAAAUGGGACUGCAGUUCAUUCAGAACUUCAUCCGUUCUCUGCAUUUAUGACUAGAUUAGACUUGUUUCCAGACACUGUUUGUUAUUGAUACACACUAGCCACAAGUGGGCAUUGUUGCUAGGAUCAACUUUAUGAUGAAUUGCGUGUAGUGAAAUUUUGUUUGUAUUGCAGCAGUAAAAAAUAAUGUGUAUUAAAAUAUACCAAGUGACACCUUGAAGUUACGAAUCAGAUCCUAAACUAGGUUGAAGAAAAGACUAGAGAGUAUUGAUGAUUGACCAACUUCAUUCUCUCCAAAAAACAUGAACUCAGACAGAAAAUUGAAAUGCAUUUCCAUUAAAUGGAGCGAUGGCUUUUUGCCUAAUGAAAUAAAUACCAUUUGUAUGUGUUGCCAAGGGUUUGGCUAGUUGCUGGAUUGGGAAAGGAACACGGAGAAUAUAAAUUUGCCUUGGGUAAGGUGUAUGAAAUGAACAUGGAUAUAUUCUGAAUACCUCGAAAGUGAUUACUUUUCAGUGUAAAGCAAAUGUUUAAUAAGAAAACUGGGGCGUUUAAGAAGAAAGAAAGAAAGUAAUUCUCAUCCAAAAAUAGACAAUUCUAGUUCAAUUGACACAGAAAGAAGUGCUGAAAUGAAAUCACUCCAUCUUUCCUGUUUAUUGAAUUGACUUAUUUCAUUGACAGCAGUCGUUUCGAGUUAACAGUACUGUAUUAUCAAAGACUUUUUGGUGAAUUUUUUUUUUCCAUGUGUUUUUUUUUCGACACUGCUGCAUGAUGCGUCAAACUUAAACCUCGUUUCAAUCCGUCCUUAAAAUUUCCAAUCAAUUGUAAACUUAUUCCAAUUUCUAAUGAAUAAUCAAAGUACAAUACCAUUGUUUAUUUUUUGUAUAAUAUUGAGGUGCCAUUUUGCUGUUAUGCGAGCAUUUAUUCCAGUUGUGACUCCGUCCUUUUGAAAGAAUUGUUUUGUAUAAAGAUGUGUGCCUUCUAACUGAGAUCCGUCCGUUUUAUUAUUGCACCCUCUAUUGAUUCACUUCAGAAAGUGGCAGGCAGUGUUUUUUUUCACUUACAGAAUUUAUAAAGUUUUAUCUUUUUCCCAAGGGAAGAAAGAGUAUUUUAACAUGUUCACAUCGUUUGCUCUGUCUAUUGAAGCAUGUGGCAACAUUAAAAAAAAACUAAGCGCUUUAAAUUGCCAAGAAAAAAUACCAGAUAUCUGUAAUUGGAUAUCGGAAGCGAUGCUGCCUGUUUUUUAUGAUUCAGUCAACAGAGGGUGCAUUUCAUUUAUAGAAUUGCUAUUUGAACAGUUAGAAUGGUUGCUGUUACUGUCAUAAAUAUUAAGAUUGAUAUUCCAAGUAUUUAUCUGAUUUUCAAAUUGACUAAAAGUCAAGUUUUCCGAUCUAAAAAGGUUUAUAUGGUUUUUAAGAAUUUAAAGUAUAAGUAUGUAUAUAUUUCGAUAUCUUGUGGAAAGGAAAGUAAAAGUUAUAAAAAGAUUAUGAAUUUAA